AUCCAAAUUUCAUUAUCUCGUAUGGAUCAUGAGGCAUGGCUGAGCUUACACCAUUUUUUCCAGGAAACAAGCAUGCUCACGUUUACACCACAGAAGCAAUCAAAUGAUCAAGGAUUGAAGAAAGCAAUUGAAAGUGAAAGAAACGGAGGUGCACGCACCAGCACCAUCACCAUCACCAUGGAAAAUGGAACCUUUUGCAUUUAUUUGCAAUAAUUCAUAAAGCUACUUUAAUUGAGGAACUUGAAGAGAGGAUGCAGAAGCUUCAUGAAGAACAGGCAUCACUUAUCUUAGAAAGAAGAACUGCUGAUAAUGAGGAUGAAAUGAUGGAAGUAGAAGCAGCAGUGAAAGCAGCGAUGUCAGUUUUCAAUGCAAGAGGUAAUUCUGCAGCAACAAUUGAUGCUGCCAAAAGUGCUGCAGCAGCUGCAUUAGUUGCCUUGAAAGAUCAAGCAAAUCUGCCAGUGAAGUUAGAUGAAUUUGGCAGAGAUAUCAACUUACAGAAACGGAUGGAUAUGGAGAAAAGGGCUAAGGCUCGUCAACGCAAGAAAACUCGUUUUGAUUCGAAGAGAUUGUCAUACAUGGAGGUGGAUAGUUCUGACCAGAAAAUUGAGGGAGAAUUGAGCACGGAUGAGAGUGAGAGUGACAGUGAAAAAAAUGCUGCUUACCAGUCAACCCGUGAUUUGUUGCUCCGGACUGCUGAGGAGAUUCAGUGAUGCUUCUGAAGCAUAUUCCCAACUUUCAGUGGUGGUGAAAGAUUUGAAACACGGAAGAAAGAACAUGGAAGUGAACAGUGAUCCGUGAAUUAAUUCACUUGUAACUGUUUACGUUAACAGUAUCUCCAUUGUGCAUUGGAGCGCCGCUGAAUUGCUAAAACAAAAUUAUUUUUUUAAUUGCGUUUUAAAAAAAACACAAUUACAUUAUAUUAUUUCCAUUCGCUAAAUUGUUUUACUUGAAAAAUUAGUGUUUAAUAUUAUUUAAUAACAUUAUAUAAAUUAAAAAGAGAUAGCAUGAUGAUGUAUUAUUUGUAGAAUUUGAUCGCAAUUUCAAUUUUAUUUCUGAUGAUAUUUUACUUGA